GAGGACGGCCGCUUCGGAGGACGCUUUCCACUCUGUCGUAGACGACUAGGAUAGUUAUAAAUACCCGGUCAUCGUCUUUCUCAUACCGUUGCCUAUUGGGAGGAACAACAGAAAAUUGAGGGAAGAAACAAUGAAGCGCCACCAUUUUUCAUUUCUUCUGUUCAUUAUUCACCUUCCCAUUCUCGCUUUCUGCUCAGAACGCAAGGUUUACAUAGUCUAUCUCGGACAGCACGACGGAAGCCAAUCAAAGAAUGAGAUAGAAGACUACCAUCUCUCGCACUUGUCAUCGAUCAAAGCCAUUGAUGUCGAAGGAGCGAGGUCUUCUCUUCUUUACAGCUACAAGAACAGCUUCAAUGGCUACGCUGCUGUUCUUACUCCCGAUGAGGCCUCCAGGCUAUCCGAGCUCGACGAGGUGGUAUCGGUGAUCCGAAGCGACCCGAGGAAGUAUUCUAUGCACACCACAAGGUCAUGGGAAUUCUUGGGAUUGGAAGGGGAGAAAGGAUCAUGGAACUCCAAUAAGAUGAGUGGAGGCCUAUUGCAGAAGGCCAAAUAUGGAAGGGGAGUCACUGUUGGGAUUUUGGAUAGCGGUGUGUGGCCAGAAUCGAAGAGCUUCAGCGAUAGGGGAAUGAGGCCCGUUCCAAAAUCAUGGAGAGGAAUCUGCCAAACUGGACAAGAGUUUGAUUCGUCCCAUUGCAACAGGAAGCUUGUAGGAGCUAGAUACUAUCUCAAGGGCUAUGAGAACUACUACGGUCCUCUUAACACCACACUGGACUACCGAUCACCGCGCGACAAAGACGGCCACGGGACUCACACGGCAUCCACCGUCGGAGGCAGGAGGGUGGCUAACGUCUCCGCCCUCGGCGGCGUCGCCCGCGGCACCGCAUUCGGCGGCGCGCCACUCGUCCACCUGGCCAUCUAUAAAGCCUGCUGGGCGAUUCCCGGUGUAUCUAAAGUGCAAGGCAACACGUGCUUCGAGGAGGACAUGUUGGCCGCCAUGGACGAUGCCAUCGGGGACGGUGUUGACGUAAUAAGCAUCUCCAUUGGCACCGUUCGGCCCAUGCCAUACGCCCAAGACGGCAUAGCCCUAGGGGCAUUUCACGCGGCCAAAAGCAACAUCGUGGUGGCUUGCUCCGCGGGGAACAACGGGCCUGCUCCGGGGACCCUAUCGAACCUGGCUCCAUGGAUCAUCACCAUCGGUGCCAGCACCGUCGACCGGACUUUUGUCGCGCCCGUAGAGCUCGGAAACGGGAUGUUGAUUGAGGGACAAUCGGUCACUCCAUACAGUUCCAACAAGAUGUAUCCUCUAAUUUAUGCUGGAGAUGCAUUAGCCCCAAAUGUAUCCAAGGGCGACUCAGGUCAAUGCCUCCCAAAUUCUCUUAAUCCGAAGAAGGUAAGAGGGAAGAUAGUGUUGUGCAUCAGAGGAAAUGGGACGAGAGUUGGCAAAGGCAUGGAGGUGAAGAGAGCUGGUGGUGCCGGUUUCAUAUUGGGUAACGGCCCGGCCAAUGGAGCUGAGCUGACGUGCGACUCCCACGUUCUUCCGGCGACUGCUGUGACUCAUUACGAUGCCGCUCGGAUUUAUGACUACAUCCGAUCUACCGAUAGCCCGACGGUGAGAAUAGCACCAGCAAGAACUGCACUGUACACUAAGCCUGCUCCCGUCAUGGCUGCCUUCACGAGCCGAGGCCCGAAUAUCAUCGACCCCAAUAUUCUCAAGCCUGAUAUCACGGCCCCAGGAGUGAAUAUACUGGCGGCAUGGAGCGAGGCAGAUUCGCCGACGAAGUUGGAAAGUGAUCCUCGGAUCGUGGAGUACAACUUUGAAUCUGGGACUUCGAUGGCAUGCCCUCAUGUGGCCGCCACGGCCGCCCUCCUCAGAGCCAUUCAUAAAAAAUGGAGCACUGCAGCUAUAAGAUCGGCCCUUAUGACUACAGCUUUUCAAUCGGACAACAUGGGCAAGCCAAUAACCGAUGCAGCAGGCGCUCUUGCAACUCCCUUUGCAUUGGGAGCCGGCCACCUGAUGCCGCAGAGAGCGGCCGACCCCGGCCUCGUGUACGACGCAUCGUACUCAGACUACGCUGCAUAUCUAUGUAGCCUCGGGAUCAACGACCCGAGCUUCCAGUGCCCGAACGAGCAGAUCGUUUCGAGCAAUCUAAAUUAUCCAUCUCUCCAAAUCAGUAGACUCAAUGGGACAUUCACAGUGACGAGAACUGUCACAAAUGUAGGCGGAAAACACAACAGUUGUUAUUUCUCACAUGUCAAACCGCCGACGGGUUUCUUGGUGACGAUUCGACCGAGCUUGUUGGUCUUCGAUCACGUCGGCCAGAAGCGAAGCUUCACCAUUACAGUCAAAGUGAGAGAUAACAUGGUGAAGAGGAUUAUUGGAGAUGAAUAUGCCUUCGGAUGGUAUGGAUGGAAUGAUGGGAUUCACAACGUGAAUAGUCCCAUGGCAAUAUCUUUGGCAUAGGCUUUCUUUUCAUUAAAAGAUGAAGAAGAUAAAAUUGGGCACAUUUCUUUUAUGCUUGCAAUUGAUCUCUUAUUUCACUUAAUGGAGAACUCAGAAAUGUAGAGACAAGAAAA